AUGUCAUUGUCUCAUGAAGCACAAACAGAAAUUAAAUGGUGGCAGGAAAAUAUUAACAUAAAAAAUGGAAAAGACAUAAGACCAUCUAAAGUCAGUUGUUAUUUAGAAACAGAUGCUUCAAAAUCUGGUUGGGGUGCCACUUUUGAAGGUGUUGAAACAGGAGGUAGAUGGAUACAACAAGAGUCUUGUCUGCAUAUCAAUAUUUUAGAAAUCAAAGCAGUUUAUUUUGCUCUUUUGAGUUUAUGCAAAGAUCUACAUGACACUCAUUUGUGUAUCAAAAGUGAUAAUAGUUCAGCUGUUGCAUAUAUAAAUAAUCAAGGUGGUUCAAUUCUGUCCUUGUUUAACAUAUCAAAGUUAAUAUGGCUCUGGUGUGAGGAGAGAAAUAUAUAUAUCACAGCAGUUCAUGUUCUUGGUAAGCUUAAUAUCACAGCUGAUUAUAUGUCUAGACAUUUCAGUGAUUCCACAGAGUGGAAGCUCCAUGAAAAAGUUUUUGCAAAAAUUUGUCAUUUAUAUUAUGAACCAGACAUUGAUCUAUUUGCUACAAGACUUAAUAAACAAGUUUUAAGUUAUGUGUCUUGGUUUCCAGAACCAGAUGCAGUGGCAUCGGAUGCUUUCAGUAUUAGUUGGUCAGAUUUUAAUCCAUACAUUUUUCCACCUUUCAGCAUGAUAAGCCGGGUGCUACAGAAAAUCCAAGACGAUCAGGUGAGAACAGCUAUUCUUAUUGUACCAAUGUGGGCAACACAACCAUGGUUCCCUCAUUUACUAGAUUUAUUAAUUUCUGUACCCAAAAUGUUGCCAAACAUUCAAAAUUUAUUACGACUAGUUCACAACAACCAAUUACAUCCAAUAAACAAGAAUCUCUUUCUAGUCGUCUGUACUGUAUCAGGAAUCACCUCAAAAAGAAGGGGCUUUCAGAACACGUUAUUAAACUCAUAUGUAAAUCUUGGAGAAAUUCAACAUCAAAGCAAUAUGAUCUUGUUUGGAACAAGUGGAUUAUUUGGUGUAAUAAAUGGAAAAUCAAUCCCUGUUACCCAUCUGAAAGUCAAAUUUUAG